AUUGGUAUUCUAUGAAUCAGAUAAAUACUUGCCAACAUUUAAGAUGAUGUUACUCAAAAAGAAGAAAAACAAAACAAAACAAAACCAAGAAAAAAAACUUGAAUAAAAUCUCCUCAAAAAAAAGGUUUUAACAAACAAACAAAAACAAACAUUUUCAUUAUUAAUUAAAUCAAUGAAUUGGAUAGUUUAUUUGAACCAAACCAUUUUACUAACCAAAGAUAAUCUCGUUUAAUGGAACUUUGUCAUUACAUAUAUAGUGAAUAAGAAUGUCUUUAGUUUAUUUAUUAUUUGAAAGGACAGUACCUAAAAUAAUAUUUGAUUGAAUAAACACUGGAAUUUUCAAGGAACCAUUAAUCCAUCCAUUAUAAUUGAUCGUAAACAAUAAACAAUAACAAUAGCAGUUUAUUCAGAUAAUGAUGACUUUAAUAUAUCAAUAUCUAAUUCUAAUUAUUCAGUUUAGAAUAGGAAUAACUGUGUAUAGAAAUGAAAUAGAUCCUAAAAAGAAUAUGAUCAAACCUAUCAUAACUUAUUCACCAUCAGAUGUAUUUUCAACAGAUAGUAUACUUGAAUUCACAUGUCAAGCUACUGGUUAUCCAAAACCUAAUAUUGUAUGGUAUGAUGCAAUUAAUGGUAAACAAGUUAUUGAUGAAGUACCAAGUAGUGGAACAACAUCUGGUAUACAUGUUAAUCAACAUUAUGGUAAACUUUUAAUUUCUAAUCCUGAAAGAGGUAAAUUAUAUUCAUUUUAUUGUAAUGCUUCAAAUUCAGCUGGAUGGACAAUAAGUCAACCACCAGUACGUGGUGGUAUAGUUUAUAUAAGUUCUCAAUUUAAACAAAUACCAGUGGAUAAAACUGUGCAUGAAGGUGAUAAGGUUGUAAUGGAAUGUAUACCUCCAAUAGGAUUACCUGAAGUUAAGGUUUAUUGGUUAAAAAAUAAUAAUUUGAUUUCUGCACAAAAUGGAGUAAAACCUAGGAAUAAUAUCUCUGUGAUAAAUGAAUUCAAGUCUAAUAUUGAAAUAUCAAUUGACGGAAGUUUGCAUAUAAAUCCUGUCACUAUUAAAGACAGUGGAACAUAUACUUGUGUGGCAUCUAAUAUCGCCGGUGAACAAGUUUCUCCUUCAGCCUAUUUAAUGGUUAAAUCACGUACUCGAUUUCUGGAAACACCUGUAGAUAUUAGGGUCAAGAAAGGACGUGAUAUAAAACUGAAAUGUAAAGUCCAAGGCAAUCAUGUUGUUAAAUGGAAACGAGGCCCUGGGGAAGAACCGAUAGAUCCGAAUCGGGCUGAAUUGACUGAAAGUUAUCUCCUUAUUAGAAACGCUCAGAUUUCCGACUCUGGUACAUAUAUUUGCACUGCUGCUGGAGGUAUUGAAGCUGAUGCCACGGUCAUAGUUGAUACACCACCAGCAUUUUCUGUCACACCAGAUGAUCUGACAGUUAACGAAGGAGAAACUGCAGUGUUUCAUUGUGUAGCUGCGGGGCAUCCAUUGCCAGCAAUUUAUUGGGAGCUUCCGGAUAAAACACCCAUUUUUCCCGGUGACCAAACAAUAAAUGAAUUUCAUAAUGGCAAACAUUAUUUAACUCCCGAAGGAAGUUUAGAAGUUAGAGAUGUCAGACAAAAAGAUUCUGGUAAAUAUCAAUGCACAGCGCAUUCAUCUAUCGAUACAAUUCAUACGAGUGCAACAUUGCACGUCAUUAGCCUGUCUAAGAAAAAGCUGGAUUCAUCGAAAGAUGUAUAUUCACUUUCUGAAAACGAACCAAGACAAUUUUCUCCAUCUAAUUUUCAUUGGCUGUCCCCUAUAAUAGGACUUCCACCUGCAAACCAAACACGAACUGUCGGUGAGAUAGUCACAUUGGAUUGCGAACUGGGAUUAACUAGAGACCUGCCUGGAUCUUUGGCAUCAACACUGCCUUACUCAGACUUAUCUGACUGGUCUAUUGGAUGGUAUAGGUCUACGAAGGAUGGUGUAAAGGAAAAUAUAGACAACUCAAACCCACCUUAUGAUCAGCGUUACACUUUGCUUCCACGAGGUAGCCUUCAGAUAUCUAAUUUACGAACAGAAGAUUCUGGAAAUUAUACAUGCAUUGCAAGUGCAGUUAUCAAACCUUACUUAGAUGGUAGUUCGGUGUCAUUUACUUUACAAUCUAACUGGACCUCUUACUUAGAUGUUGUACCUGAAGGAUCACCCGCAACGGCAUCUAUUGGCAACGAAAAUCCUCUUCCUCCGCCAGAAAACCUAAAAGCUACUAAUGUGACGUCAUCGACUGUCAUAUUAGUUUGGGAUCUACCAUUUCCCCCACUUCUCUCACAAGAAUUCACACAAGGUAACCCAAUGAAAUCUCACCAGAUUACCUAUUGGGUUGAGCUCUAUAGACCUGAUAGACCAACAGAUGGAUGGAUAGUGGUUGAAAAAAAUUGGCACGCUCAUACUGUACAGUUAGGAGGAUUACAGCCAGAAACUAUAUAUUAUUUUUUAAUUAGACCUCGUUGGAAUGAGGGAAGAGUAGGUUGGGCUAGCGCUCCUCUGGGUCCAGUUUUAACUCUAAAAGAACAAGUUGUAAGUCAUCAAGAGAGUCAAUUAUCGGACAGAGAAGCUUUGAAGUCCUUUAAAAAUGUUAACUUAAUACUACAACAUUUGUAUCCACUUUCACCUAAAAGGGUGCGAGUUAGCUGGUCCAUUACAGAAGUUCUCCCUGUACUAUCAAUGGUAAAAGGUUAUUCUGUUUAUCACAGAGAAGUCCCCUUGAUGCAGUGCAUUUCAAACAAACUGGAGGGUAUGUACUCAGAUGCAACUGGACUAACAACGAAGAGUGGAGAAAGAAUGUACUGUAGCAUAAAAUCUACCACUUCUAUAGAUUCACAUUCUCUGUUUCGUCUUGAAACAAUGCAAAAUCUACAACAAAAUUUUAAGAAUAAACAAGAACAAGAAUUCAAUAACACGACAUCGGACCCAUGGACGGUCAUUGAUAUCAAAUCUCAAUAUCAAAAAGAUAGGAAAUAUAGUGACAUUCACAACUCACUAACAAUCCAGGAAACUAGCCUUUUACGUGAUCUUGAAGCUUUUCGAUGUUAUGAAAUCAAAGUUAAAGCAUAUUCAUCUAACUCCUUGAUGGAAAGUAUUGAAAGCCGAGAAAGUAAUACUCUUAAAGUUUUAACUUUUGAAAGCUUCCCAAGUUCACCACCGGAUAGAAUAUUUGCUGUGUGGAUAUCUAACACAACCAUAGAACUCUCGUGGGAUCCACCACCUGUCAUCUAUUGGAACGGAUUAUUAAUGGGUUAUAUAAUAUAUGUAUAUGACGAAGAUGCAAGUAACCAUCAAAGUUUCAAUUUAUCUUAUACUGAACAAAAGACAUUGAUUAAAGGAUUAACUGGAAAAACUAUAUAUUUUGUUCAAAUGGCUGCAGUUACAUGUAAAGGAAUUGGAGUACGUAGUGCACCUAUUCAAUUAAAACCUGAUUUACGCAAAAAAGGAUUAGGUGUUGGUUGGGGUUUUGAUAUACAAACUGGUAAACUUUUACAAUUUAUGAAUAUUGAAAGAAAAGAACAUAAUGAUAAAGGGGCAGAUUUUCUAAAUCAACCAUGGCUUAUUAUAACAAUUAUAUGCAGUUUACUAGUAUGGUGUGCUACUAUUACUCUAAUAACAUUUUGUUGUAGACAUCAACGUUAUCGAUUUAGAAAAUCUACUGGUACUGUACUCAUAGCUAAUAAUUCACAAUGUGACUCAAUAGCUAAUGGAUCUAAUAAUACUUGUACAAGUAUAAAUAAUUCUAUGAUUGAAAAUAAACUUUCUAAAAGUUCACAUCAUUUACAAAAAGAUCAUGUUCAAUUGGAACCAUUAUUAAGAUCAGAAACACCUAAUAUAGAAAAUGAUAAUUGUUUAGAAACUAUGGAUAAAAUGAAAUAUAUGGGAUGGUGUCCAUAUCCGUCGACUACUCAAAAUCAAAGUUUACAUAACAUGACUAAUAACUCCCAUAAUGAAUAUAAUAACAAAGAGUCUAAUGAUACUCAAUUCAAUUCAUUUAAUCCAACUCUAUUAGCACCACAUCUAUCAAAUGAAACAAAUAAUGUUGGACUAUAUGCUACAGCAGAAAGUAUUACAAAUCCAAAUGUACAUAAUAAUCGUCUUGUACUUCAAAGACCAAAUACAUUAAUUCAUUUCACAAAUGAUUGUACAUCACGUACAUCCUAUUUAAGUUAUCAAUCUCAUAUAAUUUCACAAUCACAAAUCAAUACUAAUAUUCCUUCUAAUGGAUAUAAUAAUAUAGAUCAAACAUUUUGUGCAGUUACACGAAUUGGUUUAACUAGUUUACCUUUAAUAGCACCAAUAGCACCAAUUAAUAGCUUACAACAUAUCAAUGAUACUAUAUCAUCUUCUCAUUCAAUAUAUGAUUGUAAUGAAAAUAUACCACAAUUAACUGUAGCACCUUAUGCAACUGUAUCUCUUAUUCAUAAUACAAUGAAUACUACUAAUAAUACAUCAAUAAACAAUUGUCAUACAACCAAUUUUUAUACUAGAAACAAUGGAGUUUAUGAUGAUGAUGAUGAUGAUGGUAAUAUUGAUACACCUAGUGAAUUAACUUAUGAAUUUGAUGAAAGUUUAACACCAUCUAUAACUACAAAUAAUAAAAUCAAUUUACAUCAAGCACAGUUACAAACUAAUCAAUCAUCAUAUACAAAUUAUACAAAUCCUUGUUGUCAAGCCAACAAUAAUAUGAAUAUGAAUAAUGAAGAAAAUGGUAAUAGAUCACAAUUUUCUUCAUUAGGGCAACAUGAUCUAGUUGAUUUAUCACAAAGACAAGAUCUAAGAAAUAAAUCGAAUUCUGCAACAUCUAGUAAUUUAACAAAUGAUGAUGAAAAAUCUUAUAGAUGGAAGAAAAUAACAAGUGAUAUAGUAACAAAUGAAUUUGAUAAUAAUUUAAUUACAACUAAUUCAAAUCAUUUACCUAUGAGUCAUUAUUUAAAACAAAAUCAUUCAAAGAUGAUCAUAACAACAACAACGGCAUCGACGGCGACAACAACAACAACCGUGGCAGGAACAACACAAUAUCAAAAUUCAUUUACAUCAAAAUGUGAAAAGAAUGAAGGAUACUUGUAUUGUUAUGAUGAUAAACAAAUAAUACCACCUCCACCAAAAUCCCCACCACCUCCAGCACCAAAAUAUAAUCAUGAUAUUUAUGAUCAUAAUAAUAAUAGUAUGAUGAAUUAUCAAUAUUCACCAAGGAAAACAGAUAAACCUGAUGAAUUACCAAUAGAAUAUUCAUCUUCAUCAUCAUUAUCAUCAAUAACACAUACAACACAUUCAACUAUACCAAAUAUGAAUGAAAAGAAACAAAUUCCACAAUCUAAUCCAAUAAUAAUAACAUCUAGUAAACAUAAUGAAACAGAAUAUCUAUUUAAUACAAAUCAUCAUAGUAAUAAUAAUGUACAAUUAAACAAUCCUAAAUCAUCUAUAAAUGAACAAAAUAUAUACUACUCAAAUUAUUGUAGUAGUGAUGAUGAUAGUGGAAAUCAUUAUAAUAUUUCUAAUAAUUGUUCUAAUCAUCCUCAUCAUCAUCAUCAUCAUCAACAACCACCACCACCACCAUCACAACAACAACAAUAUCAAAAUCAAUCAUUGAAUACAUCAUUAUCAUUAGGUAAACAAUCAUUUAUACAAAGACCAAUAAUGUUGUUAAAUGAACAUGAAUUAACUAAUACUCCAUCAUCAACAUUUUGUAUAACAUUAAGUCCAGAAGAGCAUUCUAGUUCAACUUAUGCUCAAGUGUAUUAAACUUAUAUAUACAGUAAUCAUGUUAUUUGGUAAUUACAUGGUAUUUACAUUUUCCCAGUCUUUUCACACACACACACACACAUACACAUAAACACAUCAACACAGAAUGACAAUUUCAUAAAUUAGUGAUGUAAUCAUCAUUCCAAUUUCAUUAUUAUUGUAAUACCUAUUAGUUAUUAUUAUUAUUAUUAUUAUUUGCUUGACUAGUUGAAAAUCUAUUAUAUAAUUUCUCAGUUAGUUGUCAGGUGUCUAUUUGACAAGUUUAUCAUUUCAUUCACAAUGUAUAAACUUAUGUUUGUAUAAAUAUGAGCAAUUUUUCAAUCUUUUCAUUUAUUUGUUUACUUAUUAACUCAUUUUAUUGAUUGAUUGUUGUGGGUUUAUUGAUUUAUUUAUUGAUUUUUUGACAUAGGAUAUUUUCCCCUCCCCUCCUUCUCUAAAAUUGAGCUCAUAGUUACACAGUAUUCUUUAAAUAUUACGUAAUCAUGAGUCGAUUUUUUUUUAAAAAAAAAUUAGGGAUAUAAAUAAUGAUAGGAAUAUUCUAUGACUAUCAUAAUGUUGUUUUAUUUUCUUUUAUAAUAUUUAUUUAUCAUUUCAUAAUAAAUACUUCUCUUUAGUAGGUUACUAAGAGAUUGAAUUCGUUUUAAGUAGAUGUAAUACACUGAAAUGAUUAUGUAAUCAUCAUCAUCAUUACUGUUCUAUGUAUGAAAAUAUUUUGACUUUGUUUCCAACAUAUAAUAAGAAUAGCUAGUUUAUAAACCAUAGUUUACUUUCAUCUUUCUUUUUGUCAAUUCCUAUGCACAGAUUUGGCUUUAUGAACAAAUAAAAUAUUAAUGAAAUAGGGAUAAUGAUAGAUUUCAACAAAACAAUAACACACACACACACUCUCUCUCUCACACACACACACUCAUUGUUUGUGCAUUCACUUCACAAUAUUUAUAUUUAUAUCUUGUUUGUCCUUUUAUAUUCCAAUUCAGCCUGAUUUGUAUAUUAUAAACAAAUGAUUAUGUUUUCAAUAGAACAGUUGUUUGUAUCAUUACAGUGUUCUAUUCUAAAUAAGAAAACUAACACAAUCCAAUUACUCUUUUAAUAAAGAAAGAAAAGAAAAAUAGAAUAAUCUUAUUUCCUCUGUUUAACGUUCUUAGAUUUAUCUUUUGUGUUUAUUCUAAUGUUUUCUAUUUCAAUUGCUUCUUUCAAUGAUGAUGACGACGACGACGACGAUAAUGAUGAUGAUGAUGAGGAGGAGGAGAAGGAUGAUAUUUGUUCUUGUUAUACUUACCCAGUGAAUGACCAUCAUUAAUUAAAACUGUUUACUUCGGUUAUUUGAUAACAACUUUACACACACAAAACCAUACAUUCUUGCACACACACACACACUACACACAAACACACAUAUAUAUAUAUACACAUGCAAUUAUUCAAUAUGUAAAAAUUAUUUAUUUUUCCCAACUUAUCUAUUCGUUGUCUUCGCUACUAUUUUAUUUAUUUAUUUAUUUAUUUACUUAUUGUGUUAUUUGUAUAGAAACAAAAAAGGAUUAAUGAGAACCAAAUGCUAAAUGAUUAUACAAACAAAUGAUGAUUAAUUUAGAAGUUUUUUUCUUGUUCCUUUGUACAGAAGAUUUUAUUGAAAUAUGGUGAAUAAAAGUUAAAGUGUUGU